UCUCGUUCUUUUCAUUGGUCCUUAGCAUUCAGCCUCACUCUCAGCCUUACUCGUGGCCACUUGUUUUCAGCUUACAUAAGUUCAUGUCAUUUGCUUGUAUCUCACCUAAUCAUCAACCUUCACGUCGCAUCGCAUGAGUCGACCAAGAAACGAUUCAAACCUUUACAUACCUACGAGUAUUAGGUACUUAUUCAUUUAGCAGCCUCGCUGCUACUUGGAAAAUACAUUUCAACCACUCCACUAUCAAAAUCUCCAAUCAUUCUAACAUUUUGAGUUGUGCUACAUCGUAUUGAUUUCAGCACAUGUACAGAUCUCAAAUGUUCCGAUGCACCUCAUACCCAUUUGACUCUUACGCACUGGCACUGAUCCACCAGACCAUCCCAGCAGACGAAGCUGUUCCGCAUGCACAGCAGCCUACCUCAGCCUCGUGAUGCCCAGAGUCCAUAGGACCCAACUCGUUUCCGAAUCCAUUAUUAACAUCAAACGCCCUGCAUUUUACGUUAUUAACAACCUUUGUAUCCCAUCGAUCGAAGUUUCUGUCUGACUGCCAACCUCAACAAAAUCAUAAGCGAACGAACUUUAACUUUCCACGCCUGUGUGAUCGACUGAAAGAGGAGCCUUGGAUAUCAUUGACUGGAAUUUUGAACUUAGGCCAGGCGGCCUUUCCCUACAACAAAGAUAUGGCGGGAAAUGACACAACGCGUUCCCGAGGGGAGGAACAAGGCGAUGUACAAAGUUUAGACUCGGAAAGGGACAAAGAUACUCGAAUGGACGACCCGAAACCUGCCAAUGAGCAGUCACCGCUUUUGUCCCCGUCAGAGUCGGAGGAAGAAGAAGGCCUCAUGAACGGCGGUAACAUAUUAAAUCAUGAACAUGAUACUUUUUCGGAAACAAAGGGAAUAUGGUAUAUGAUACUUUUGACCCUCAGUAUAGGUGGCUUACAAGUCGCUUGGGGAGUGGAGCUCUCCAAUGGAACUCCAUACCUUUUAUCGUUGGGUUUGAGCAAGUCCUUGAUGGCUUUGGUAUGGAUCGCAGGACCAAUGUCAGGGGCUUUGGUUCAACCAUACAUUGGUAUAUUAAGUGAUAGAUGUCGUUCACCCUGGGGUAAAAGACGACCAUUCAUGGCUGUAGGUACCGCGGCUACCGUCCUUUCUUUAGUUUUCUUGGCCUGGGUAAGAGAGAUAGUUGGAGGGUUUCUAGGCCUAUUUGGUGCAGAUAAAGGAUCAGAAGGCGUCAAAGUUACAAUCAUCGUUGUUGCUGUUCUACUAGUUUAUAUUCUAGAUUUUGCUAUAGCUACAGGUUUGUGCCAACUUACUAACAUUAGAGAACCCACUAACUUUCCUUAGUACAAGCUGCCAUUAGAGCUUACAUUCUCGAUUGUGCCCCAAGUCAUCAACAAGGUUAGUCAUUCAAAGUUCCUAUUAUCUGCAGACAAGCUAAUAUGCAUCGAUAGAAACUGCAAACUCAUUCGCUAGCCGCGUCAUAGGUAUUGGCAACAUCGUUGCAUACCUAGCUGGUUAUAUUGACCUAACAAAGUAUUUAUGGUUCUUCGGAAAUACGCAAUUUAAAAUUCUAUCUCUGAUGGCUUGCGUGGCUCUUUCUACCACCGUCACAAUAAGCAGUGUCACCAUCAAGGAACGUGAUCCAAGCAAUGAACCAAUUCCACCCGAAGCGAAAUCGGGACUUCUAGCAUUUUUUAAGCAAGUCUUCAAAUCUAUCCGGCGUUUACCCCCUUUGACUCGUCAAGUUUGUGAAGUGGAAUUCUUUGCUUGGAUCGGCUUCUUCCCUCAACUCUUUUAUUCGAGCUCUUAUGUCGGCGAUAUUUAUGUUCAGCCAUAUCUGAGAGAAAAUCCAAACAUGACUCCAGCGGAAAUCGAUAAGCUUUACGAAAAAGCCACUCGUGUUGGAACUUUUGCUCUUUUGAUGUACGCUAUUACGUCAUUGUCCGUCAACGUUAUUUUACCAUUCUUCAUCACCCCAUCCUACGAUACACCCUCGUCCAGUGCAUCUAUAUACUCUCACAAGAGUUAUACAACACGUUUCUCGCGCUUCAUGGACAAUCUCGCCAUUCCUGGUUUGAAUCUUCGUCGUGCAUGGCUCAUAAGUCAUCUGCUAUUUGCAGCAUGCAUGUUUUCCACUCUUAUCGUACGAUCAAUUGCAGGAGCUACCGUUUUGAUAGCUUUGGUUGGUGUAUCAUGGGCUAUGACAUUAUGGGCUCCAUUCGCUAUUAUUAGCGCCGAAGUCAGUAAACGUGAUGCUGUCCGUAGAGCACGACAACAAUCAAUGGUUGGUGAGGAUGAUUUGGAUGAAGAUCAAGCUGGUAAGUUUUUCUUCAUGAUACUGUUUGAUCUUCGCUUCUAAUCACUAACAAUACCUCAGGCAUCAUUCUUGGUAUUCAUAACAUGUCGGUAGCAGCCCCUCAAAUCAUCGCUACACUCGGUAGCAGUGUAAUCUUCAAAUUUAUGCAAAAGCCACGUGGAGUACCUGGAGAUAGAAGUUUCGCUGUUGUUAUGGCUGCAGGAGGUUUCAGUACUUUAUUUGCCGCCUACCUAACUAGUAGAAUUAAAGAUGAAAUCGAGAUUCCAGGGGAAGACAAUAGAAAUACGGAAAGAAGCAGAAGUAGGACGAGACUUAGUAGGAGAAGUACAGAGACUCCACUCAUCAUGGCUAGUGGGUGAUGCAAACACGAGAAAUGUGGCGUAAGUCUGAGGAACAGAAGAUGCAGCUCGAUCAGGAAAGGUUGGCCUGCAGGCGGGUUCAUGGGGUCAAGGUGUUCUAUUGAAUGAAAGUGGGAGUUGAAUCGGAGUCGGGGUGAGAAAUGGAGGGGCAUUGGGAUUUCGGCUUGAUGAAUGACAUAGAGUGGAAACGAAGAAUGAGUUGGGUUUUAGGUCUUUUUUUUUGGUUUUGUACACGUACUAUACCAUCUAUGCAUAUGAGAUGUAUAUUAUUUUUCAUACUUGUUGCGUUGUGUUGUACUGUGUUUUAUCGUAUUAAAGUCUAUAUUUUUGAAUUCUGUGAUUUUUUGAAGAUGUGGUUUUUUGAAAUGCGAUUUU